CUUUUGCUUUUAGUGCAUUCAACGUUAGUUGCCAUAUCAUGGUUUUUUUUUUUUUUGCCACAGAUAGAAUUUUUUUGUACCCAAUUUCAACGGGGAGAAAUCUUCUACAAGCUAAGGAUGCUUGUCCUGUUAGCUUUGAGUUUCAGAACUACAAUAUCAUCACUAGCCAAUGCAAGCCACCAGACUACCCAGCCAAACAUUGUUGCGAUGCUUUUUUACAGUUCGCUUGUCCUUUCGUCGAAAGUCUGAAUAAUCAAUCAAAUGAUUGUCUCUCUGUAAUGCGUCGCUACAUCGAUCUCCACAGACAUUACCCAACUGGUCUUUUUGGCAAUGUGUGCAAAGGUACACAGCAAGGUUUGCCAUGUCCUGCAUUAGCACCAUCACAAUCAGCCGAUCGCGAUGAUACUAAUAGCAGCCAGAUAAACUGUAAAUUAUCAGUAGGUUAUAGUUCUGCCACAACUUUUAUGGGGGUCUUGAUGUUGGUGUUGCUUUUCUGAUAUUUAUAUCACAAGAGAACAGGUUUUUGCUCAUAUUUCUGUAUUAAAAGUGUUUGAUUUUUAAAUUGUUAUUGACGAUUCUGGUAAUAGGUAACUCUUCACGUAUUUAUGCAU